GAUGGCUGCAGCGCCUCCAAGCUGCUGUUUGGUGGCCUUCCCGCCUCGUGCUAAGGACGGUCUGGUGGUGUUCGGGAAAAACUCCGCUCGGCCCAGGGAUGAAGUGCAAGAGGUCGUGUAUUUCCCGGCUGCCGAUCACGAACCCGAGAGCAAGGUGGAGUGUACUUACAUUUCCGUCGACCAAGUUCCCAAGACCCAUGCCAUUGUGAUCAGCAGACCUGCCUGGCUUUGGGGGGCAGAAAUGGGGGCCAAUGAACAUGGAGUGUGCAUAGCCAACGAAGCGGUCAAUGCCAGGGAACCGGCCGCGGAGACGGAAGCCUUGCUGGGGAUGGAUCUGGUCAGGCUUGGUUUAGAAAGAGGGUCAACAGCCAAGGAAGCCCUAGAUGUCAUCGUCGCCUUGUUGGAAGAACACGGGCAAGGUGGGAAUUAUUAUGAAGAUGCAGGCUCCUGCCACAGCUUCCAGAGUGCUUAUCUGAUUGUGGAUCGUGAGGAGGCCUGGGUGCUCGAGACCGUAGGGAAGUACUGGGCUGCUGAGAAAGUCACAGAGGGCGUCAGGUGCAUCUGCAAUCAGCUCUCACUCACCACCAAGAUCGAUGCAGAGCAUCCCGAGCUCAGGAGUUAUGCUCAGAGGCAAGGCUGGUGGACAGGAGAGGACGAGUUCAAUUUCUCUGAAGUUUUUUCUCCAGCUGAUGACCAUCUACACUGCUGUGCAGGCAAAGACAGCUUAGAAAAGCAAGAAGAAAGCAUCACUGUGCAGACUAUGAUUGACAUCUUACUUUGUGAACAAAGACUGAAAAGAUAUGACUCAACAGCCCCUUGUGAGCACUCGCUGCUGCCCGCAAGGGUACACAUGGGCUUUGGGAGCGUCUGGAUGCUCUGCCGAGGACUGCUUCUGGUGCCCUCACACCCAGCCUGGCUGAAGCCCCUCUCCUUUCUCUCCAGGUCCAUCUUCAAGCCUUUCAUCUUUGUGGACGAUGUAAAACUUGUCCCCAAAGCACAGUCUCCCUGUUUCGGGGAUGACGACCCUGCCAGAAAGGAGCCCCGGUUCCAGGAGAAACCAGACCGUCGGCACGAACUGUACAAGGCCCACGAGUGGGCACGCGCUGUCAUCGCCAGGGGCCAGGAGCAGGGCCGCAGGCUGCGGAGGACCAUGCUGGAGCUGGAGAAGCAAGGCCUGGAGGCCAUGGAAGAAAUCCUGGCCGGCCCCGCGCCCCCGGACCCCGCCGAGGUGGCGGACCUUUUCUAUGACUGUGUGGACACGGAGAUCAAGUUCUUUAAGUGAAGCGGCCCACCCUCCCCCUCGUAUUUAAAGUUUCCCACCGACUAACUUACCAGCAAAACCACCGCUCUCCCGGGCGAGAAAGACGAGAGGCCCUCCGCGGCGGCUGGUGGUCCCCUUUCCGAAGCCAGACCGGACGGACACUUGUGUUCUGCUGGAACCUCAACACGUCCCCUCUGCCACGCGGUCCCCUUCCUCUGCUGUGUGACAUGUGCCCCGUGCGCCCGUGGUUCCCCCGUGUGACUAAUCGUGGAUUUCAAGCUGCUGUUGUUGUAUUUCCGUGACAAUGGACGCGUUGGCCUUUCCGGGAGGAUGUGUGCUCCCCAGGCCCUGGAAGGCGGGCUCCGCAGAGCUGAGCGGGUGGGGAGGCAAAGUCUCCUGAGUCUUCCUCGCUGAGUAAGUUUCUUCCAGGCUCACAAACGGCAUUGCUGUGUCUGGGCCAGGGCCUUGCCUGUGCCCUCGAGGGAGAAGCUUCCUGGCCGCCCUAAACGCGAGGGCUUGUCUGCAGUGCUGAAGGUCUCCAGGUGUGUCUUCUGAGGGACACAUCUGGAGGGAAGGAGGACAGGGGUCCUGUCCAGUCCCAGCUCCGUCCGGCUUCCCGUGAUCCUCACAAGCCCGUCUUCUGUGCCCCGUGCUUGUGAGCGGUGGACCCACCGACUGCUCCCACGUGCGGGAGGGCUGCUCCCCUGUGUGAGCGGGACCCGCCCCCUGUAGUGAGUCAGAGGCAGCCACACCUGUGGCUUCCCUGCAUCCCCGUGUGGGCCGCCCAGAGGCACCAGGCUCACCUGCUCCAGCGCACCCGCCACCUGGCUGCCCUGGUGCAGAAUGGUUCCGGCCUGCUUACUGCCGUCUGUUUAGGUCAGUGAUUCUAAUGUGCAGCCAAGGUUGAGAACCACUGGUUUAGGUGAAUUACCAAUAAAGGGCCCUCUGGCACAGUUCCACCCCGCAAAGCCGCCAAGCUCUCGGUUAAUGAGGGGAAGAGAGGGAGAAACUUUUGGCUGUUUUGAUUCUAGUUAGAGUAGCUGGAAUCUGAGCAGACACAACAUUAUCUCAGCAGAGACUUUAAUUAGACCGAUUUGUUUCCAAUGUCGUGUUCACAUGAAGGAUUUGACUUACCACCGGAGCGCAGAAGAGCCUGCGAGGAGGACCAGAUGGGCCAGCACUGGGAACACAGAGGGCAAGAAGGCGACAGAUGGAGGUAGAAGCAUCUCACUCCAGGGUAACAGGCCAGCCCCCGCCCGCCCUGCCCAGCCCAGCCUGUUCCACCCCACAGAGCUGUGUAGGGAGCGGCUGGCUUUCCUGGGCCUUGCCUCCAUCCCUCCCACCCUCCGUGUCCCAGCAGCUGCCUUGAGACGGGUAGCUGGCGCGGGCAGGUGCAGGUGGUGGGGGCUUACCUCCAGCCACUGACCCUCUCAGCCACGCUCGGAAUGGAAAGGGGCGGAGAUGGUCCAACCUGCAUGGCUCAGAGAUUGAGCAUCGACCUAGGAACCAGGAGGUCAUGGUUCGAUUCCCAGUCAGGGCACAUGCCCGGGU